UUAGGGGAGGGAGAGAGGGAGGGAGGGGGCCACCCACUGCCUCGCGCCCCCGCCCUGCGGGUGUCUCGCGCGCGAUCCGUGCGUGUGAGUGUGUGGGUCUGUCUCGCGCCUAAAGUGCGUGCCCGCGCGCUCGCCUGGCGUUCUCCCCCUCCCCUCGCCCCUCCGGGUUCUCCCACCGCACUCGGCUCCCUCCUUCCCAGCAAACGCCGCCCCUCCCGCGCUCUGGCCCCGGCUCUGGCGCCGCCGCAGCCGUCGCCGCCGGAAAGUUCAGGAGCCCUGGAAAGGACAAGGAAUAAGACGACAGGAGGAAGAGAGAGAGAGGGUAGAAUGGAAGAAUCUCACUUCAAUUCUAACCCGUACUUCUGGCCUUCCAUCCCCACGGUCUCAGGACAGAUUGAGAACACGAUGUUCAUCAACAAGAUGAAGGAUCAGCUGUUGCCAGAGAAGGGCUGUGGGCUGGCUCCACCCCACUACCCCACCUUGCUGACAGUGCCUGCCUCGGUGUCCCUGCCCUCGGGCAUCAGCAUGGACACAGAGUCCAAGUCAGACCAGCUGACCCCACACAGCCAGGCGUCUGUUACCCAGAACAUCACGGUGGUCCCCGUGCCGUCGACAGGACUGAUGACUGCUGGAGUCUCCUGUUCUCAGAGGUGGAGAAGAGAAGGGAGUCAAUCAAGGGGUCCCGGCUUGGUUAUCACGUCCCCCUCAGGCUCCCUCGUGACCACGGCCUCGUCAGCUCAGACCUUCCCCAUUUCGGCUCCCAUGAUUGUCUCAGCUCUUCCCCCUGGCUCACAAGCCCUGCAGGUGGUCCCUGACCUCUCUAAGAAGGUAGCAUCGACCCUAACAGAAGAAGGAGGCGGUGGUGGCGGUGGAGGUGGCACUGUGGCCGCUAAACCCCCCCGGGGCCGAAAGAAGAAGCGGAUGCUGGAGUCGGGGCUGCCCGAGAUGAACGACCCUUACGUCCUCUCCCCUGAGGAUGACGAUGACCAUCAGAAAGACGGCAAGACCUACAGGAGCGAAGGGAACUGCGGCACAGGAAAUGGACAGAGCCUUGGGCUCAUGGAUUCAGUUCCCGGCUCCACCACGAACUUGCUGUGUGACCCUGGGUGCCGGAUGUGCUCCCUGACGUUCUACUCGAAGUCGGAGAUGCAGAUCCACUCCAAGUCACACACGGAGACCAAGCCCCACAAGUGCCCGCACUGCUCCAAGACCUUCGCCAACAGCUCCUACCUGGCCCAGCACAUCCGCAUCCACUCGGGGGCCAAGCCCUACAGUUGUAACUUCUGUGAGAAAUCCUUCCGCCAGCUUUCUCACCUCCAGCAGCACACCCGGAUCCACUCCAAGAUGCACACGGAGACCAUCAAGCCCCACAAGUGCCCGCACUGCUCCAAGACCUUCGCCAACACCUCCUACCUGGCCCAGCACCUCCGUAUCCACUCGGGGGCCAAGCCCUACAACUGUUCCUACUGCCAGAAGGCCUUCCGCCAGCUCUCCCACCUCCAGCAGCACACACGAAUCCACACCGGGGACAGGCCGUACAAAUGUGCACACCCAGGCUGCGAGAAAGCCUUCACACAGCUCUCCAACCUGCAGUCCCACAGGCGGCAGCACAACAAAGAUAAACCCUUCAAGUGCCACAACUGUCACCGGGCGUACACAGACGCAACCUCAUUGGAGGUGCACCUGUCCACGCACACAGUGAAGCAUGCCAAGGUGUACACCUGCACCAUCUGCAGCCGGGCGUACACGUCGGAAACGUACCUGAUGAAACACAUGCGCAAACACAACCCUCCUGAUCUCCAGCAGCAGGUGCAGGCGGCGGCAGCGGCGGCAGCAGUGGCCCAGGCCCAGGCUCAGGCUCAGGCCCAAGCUCAAGCCCAAGCCCAGGCCCAGGCCCAGGCCCAGGCCUCCCAGGCUUCGCAGCAGCCACAGCAGCAGCAGCCACAGCCACCACACUUCCAGUCCCCUGGGGCAGCCCCCCAGGGUGGGGGUGGCGGGGACAGCAACCCCAACCCUCCACCCCAGUGUUCCUUUGACCUGACCCCCUAUAAGACGGCGGAACAUCACAAGGACAUCUGCCUCACUGUCACCACCAGCACCAUCCAGGUGGAGCACCUGGCCAGCUCGUAGAGACCUGUGCUGCCGUCCACUGGGAAGAGGGGAAAGAAGUUCUUGGUCCCUUCUUUCUCCAACUCCUCUUGGUAGGAAAAGUCCUCUUCUUCCUUGACAGGCCAUGGCUCCAUCUUCUUGGGCCUCAGGCAUGGCCUUCCUUCACAGGAUACCAUCCUUAUUCUCAACUCCUCUUCAAAAGGAACAUCAGCCCUCCUGAUUGGCAGAGGAGUACUGAGCUGGUAGUGUAAUCCAGCAGCCUCCCCGCCUAAGCAUAGCUUUUUAAAUUGGGGGUUGGUGCUCAGGGGAGGGGUUUGCUAUGACCUCAUAGAGACUUUUCCAGUGUGGGCACUUACUCUCUCCUCACCCUCAUAAUCCUCCAAGCUCGGGCUGAUAGAGGACUAGAGGCUGGCCCUCCGAGACGUCAGAGAGGAGGAAGCCCUAAAUGCAACCAGCCUGCUGUUCUAUUCUUGCCUGCAAAGGAACAGAGAUUCCUCCCGUGCCCCUGUCCUUGGGAGCCGAUUUCUUCCCCUCAUGAUCUCACUUCACCUCCAAUCUAAUGCUGGAAGGAGGUCUGGGGGUGGGGGGGGUCAGACCACCUUUAUUUGUAAAGGGGCAAGGGCUGAGAUGUGGUCCCCAAGGGGCCGGAGAUCCCCAAGAUGGUCGAUGGUGGCUUAGAAGUGUGGGUUGUGGUUUUCCUUGGAGCCUCUCCCCUUCUCUGCCAGCUGAGGUCCUGUGCUCAGUCACCCCAUCCCCAGCCUAAGGAGCUGUGGGUUCUUUAUGAAACCCCACAACAAGGCGGGCUGCAGAGAAGGGAGAGUUCAGGGCAAAUGCAAGGACUGGACUUAGCUCCCUAGGUGCCACGGUCAGUUGCCGGACACGGAUUUAUAUAUAAAUAUAUAUAUAUAUAAAUAUAUACAUACCCACUCAUCACGGCCGUCUUUGUUGUGAGCAUUUCUGUGUUUAUAAAUGCAUUAUCUCUGAGAAUUUUCAUAUUUGAUGUUUUGUUGGUUUUGUCCCUCUUGUUUUUCUCCACCCUGUCUUUUCUGGCCAACGGCAUUUUUAUUUCCUUUUGUCUUUUUUUUUUUUUUAAUCAUGGCGGAUUUCAGAGAAAAGAGAAAAUGGAAAAAAAAAUCAGGAAACCAAUUGUUAUAAAGCAAUUUAAAAUGAAGAAAAAAAGAAAAACUUAUGUACAAAACCAAGGGGUGUUUUUAGAACCUUGUAUAGAAAUAAAUUCGUGUAAAAGGAUCAGAGGCAGUGGAGCUGCUGAUGUGAGUAUAAGCAUGGGAAACAGCUACUUGGGGAGACUAUGUUCAAGGCCAGUGCUAAGGGUUUACAGUAGAGUGUGCGUAUGGUAAGGACGAAUGCUGUGUGAUGGGGCUGUGUGUGUAUCCCUAGCCAGAGAAAGGCACAGCUUCGAAAUUUCUGAAGUGAAAUCUUGGUUUAUGAGGGUUCCUACAUACAGGUCCUAUUUUGAGGACCAUGUUGCCCAAGUAUGUGAGAGCAGGAUUUCAGUCGUGUGUUAACAAGACACCUCGAAGCUCCCUAUCCAAGAAAUGGAAGCACAGCCUCCUGGAAGGACCUGCACUCCUGCCAGAGCAUCUGUGGGCUCAGUGCUAAUUACGCUGGCAUAUCCUGUGGCACCUAAAACCAGAGGUUUCCAGCGGUGGAAACCAUAACUGGGAUUGAAGAACGACACAGGACAGUUGUAGUGCUGAGGAGUAGAGUGUGGUUGGGAAACCUGGACUUCAGCCCUUGCUCUCCCAUCAGCCAGUGUGGGCUGUGAUGCUUCUUCAGCUGUUAAAUGAAGGGGUUGGGCUAGAUCACCUCCAAGAUUCCUUUCUGAAAAUUAAAAAUCUUU